CGGCACGAGGACGCCGCCAUUUCUCUUUCCUGCUUGAGAAAAGGUAAUGAACACAUGCCGCGUGUAGUUGUCUCGCAAAUCGGAAAUUUACAAUGACAUCUCCCUACCGCAAAAUCUCCUGGCAAAAAUGUCCGACGUGGAAACUGACGAUGUUCCCUCCGCGGUGAUUGGAGGACAGAUGGAUGUGAACACAGCACUCCAGGAGGUUUUGAAAAAUGCGUUGAUCCACGACGGUGUUGUCCACGGUCUUCACGAAGCCGCCAAGGUUCUCGACAAGAGGCAAGCCAUGCUGUGCAUUCUGGCUGAGAACUGCGAUGAACCUAUGUACAAAAAGCUUGUUCAGGCACUGUGCAACGAGCAUCAGAUUCCUCUGAUAAAGGUUGACAACAACAAAAAGUUGGGCGAAUGGGCCGGACUUUGCAAAAUUGAUAAUGCUGGCAAAGCCAGGAAAGUUGUCGGCUGCUCCUGCGUAGUCAUUAAGGACUUUGGUGAGGAGACCCCUGCCAAAGAUGUUCUAAUGGAAUAUCUGAAACAAAGCUCUGUACACUAGGUAUCUUUUAAUAAAUAAUAUUGAAAACAAA